AUGAGUCCAGUAAGACACCAUAUGGAUAAUAAUCUUCAAUUAGAUUCACCAAAAAUGGUUUCAGUAACAAAAUCUACUACAACAUCAUCAUCCUCUUCUUCAUCCAACUCACCAUCUAUUCAAUCUUCAACAAGUAUUUCACCCUCCUCACUAUCUCAACAACAGCAACAACAACAGCAACAGCAGCAGCAACAACAGCAACAAUCAUCUCUUCAUAUUUUAUCAUCCACAUUACCAAAUGGAAAUGCAUCCAAUUUUUUUCCAUUUCCAAUGAAUUUUUAUCAUCCUUACAUGCAUCCAUUUACAGCUGCUCUACGUGCGGCACAUCAAAAUCAUCAGCAAAAUUUUUCCUACGAUACUCUGGCUGCUGUUUCAUCGUAUAAUAAUCGAUUGAAUAACGGUACGGGAACAAUGACGAAUACUCCAAAUGAUGGUGGAGUAUUUUCAUUUAAUACUGUAAAUACAAAUGGUGGUUUAUUUACUAAAAAUAAUACUAAAGACGAUACAUCGGAUAAUGAUUUAGCAGAAGAUUCGGAUGAUGACCGAGACAGUAAACGUCGUCGAACAAGAACAAAUUUUACUAGUAUUCAGAUAGAAGAACUUGAACGAGCAUUUCAAGAUGGACAUUAUCCUGAUGUUUAUAUGAGAGAAGCAUUGGCAAUGCGAUUAGAUUUAAUUGAGUCAAGAGUACAGGUAUGGUUUCAAAAUCGUCGUGCAAAAUGGCGUAAAAUGGAAAAUACUAAAAAAGGUCCGGGUAGGCCUCCACAUAAUGCCCAUCCGACCACUUGUUCAGGUGAACCAAUAUCCAAAGAAGAAUUAGAAAAAAAACGUCGUGAAGCAGACGAAAAGAAGAAACGUAAACAAUGUGAUAGACAACGUCGUUUAGAUGCAAAAAAACAUACACUAUUACACAAUAUUACUAAUAAUAAUUCUUCCGAUGAUAAUACUGUUGUAAAUACAACUGGAGAUCAACUUAACAUUUCAACAUUAUCAACAGCAACUACCAAUGAUCAUACAAUUGGUGAUAGUGAUGAUUCACUUUUAGAUGAUAUAUCACCACCAAUAUCAGAAACAAGUGUCACAACACCGAUAGAUAAAUCAUCAACUCCAAAACCAACUGAACCACCUUUAUCCAAUAAAUGUUCAUAUUCUAUCGAUCGUAUUCUAUCUCAAAAUAGUCAACAAAAACAACAACAACAACAAAAACAGACACGAAAAAUAUUAACAUCAUCACCAUCAUCACCACAACAAAAUUCAAAAUAUCAUCGAACAACGUCACCAAAUUCAAAUAAUCAUUUAUUACGGACAGUUUCAAAUGGACAUAAUAAUCAUACUUAUCAACAGGUGCCAAUAUAUAGAAUGAGAAAUGAUAAUCCAUUCUCUUCUUCUUGA